GAGAGCCAGAGAGGGGCCUCGGGGGUGGGCCGGGGGGGGGCUGUCUCCUGCUUCUGGACUCUGUUCUCUCGUCUCUGUUCGCUCGACGUUUGUAGUGGAGGUCCGAGCAAGCCGAGUUAAGCGGGUACGGGAGGGACGGACCUCUGUGUAGACGGUGCCCUGGCUGCAGGUUUUGGCAUGCCUGGUAUCCGGCCUUCUUACUAAAUAGCUCGGCUGUCGAGGAGUUGACUUUGUUUCUUCCAGGAUAAUGUUGAGGCUUCUAAUGUUAUAAAACAUGGGUGCUCUGCUUGAUGCCUUUGGCUUUGGUUAGUGUUUUAGACUCAUAUUUCUCUGAAGCUGAUGUUUUCCUAACACUUUCAGCUUGGCUUUAAAAGCUGCUUCGCUAGAAUGUUUUAAACGGUUACAAAACCUCUAGGAUUUGAAGUUUAUUUAAAUUAAUUGAAGGAAAUACUCCUGGCCUCACCAAAGAAAUAACUGGAAUCAUGGAUCAGAACAACAGUUUGCCACCCUACGCUCAAGGCUUGGCCUCCCCUCAGGGCGCAAUGACUCCAGGAAUUCCAAUUUUCAGCCCGAUGAUGCCGUAUGGCACAGGACUGACACCGCAGCCGGUCCAGAGCACCAACAGUCUGUCCAUAUUGGAGGAACAGCAGCGGCAGCAGCAGCAGCAGCAGCAGCAGCAGCAAGCAGCACAGCAAUCCACGUCACAGCAAGCGACACAAGGAACAUCUGGUCAAACCCCCCAGCUCUUCCAUUCACAGACUCUUACCACAGCCCCUUUACCAGGAACCACACCUCUGUACCCCUCUCCAAUGACUCCAAUGACUCCAAUAACUCCUGCAACACCGGCGUCGGAGAGCUCUGGCAUAGUGCCACAACUACAGAAUAUUGUGUCCACCGUGAAUCUUGGUUGCAAACUUGACCUAAAAACUAUUGCACUUCGUGCCCGAAAUGCUGAAUAUAAUCCCAAGCGUUUUGCUGCUGUUAUUAUGAGAAUAAGAGAACCACGUACCACUGCACUGAUAUUCAGCUCUGGAAAAAUGGUGUGCACAGGAGCAAAAAGUGAGGAGCAAUCCAGACUGGCAGCAAGGAAGUAUGCAAGAGUUGUUCAGAAACUGGGUUUUCCUGCAAAAUUUUUGGAUUUUAAAAUUCAGAAUAUGGUGGGAAGCUGUGAUGUGAAAUUUCCCAUCAGACUGGAAGGAUUGGUACUCACACACCAGCAGUUCAGCAGCUACGAGCCAGAAUUGUUUCCUGGCUUAAUCUACAGAAUGAUUAAGCCAAGAAUUGUUCUGCUUAUUUUUGUUUCUGGAAAAGUGGUUUUAACUGGUGCUAAAGUACGAGCAGAAAUCUAUGAAGCGUUUGAAAACAUCUAUCCUAUUUUAAAGGGAUUCAGAAAGACAACGUAACAGUUUCUACACCUUUCAGAGAAAUCAGGGGUAUAUUUUCAAAGGUAUUGUGUAUGGCACAGCAGUAACAAGAAAUGGACUUCCAGUGCAACUGCAACACCAGGACUUGGACUAUUUCCCAGUUAGUGCCUACUUCCCUGAUGCUCAAGGGGAACUGUAUUCUUGAAUAUGUCUACUGAGUUACUGUGAGUUGCUUUACUGGGCUGUUCCCGGAGCAGCCUCUCCAACUUUUAUUUAUAUUCUAGCUUUUAAAUAGUUUUAAUGCCAGUUCUAUUAAUAGAAAAUCUGUAAGUUGGUUUAAAGACAAAUGCAACUGUGUCACUCAGUGUAUAAACCACUUAAAUUGCCAUGUAUAUAUGUUUUAAGUUCCUUCCAUAAGACCAUGGUUUUUAUAAUUUUCAGAACUUUAGCUUUUAAAUUUUUUCAAUUUAAAAUUUCUUUGGUGCCAGACACAUUCCCUCUUUCCAGUAUUAAGCAAGAUAGAAUAAAUUUAUUAAUUAAAAUGGCUCACUGUACAUAUAUAUAUAAUAUAUACCUUUCUUCUCUUUCCUUCUUCAACUCCACAUGUACAAUAAACCCUGUUUAUACAACUAUGGGAACUGUCUUAAUAAAUUUUAAAAUUACCCUGUUGGUAGAAUGAAAUACAUUGAAUUUUUUUUUUUAUUUAAUCGACUUUUUAAUAGCAGAUGCACUGCUAUAAGUGACAUGUUGUUUUGAGGGAAUCUUAGCAGUGCUCUGGCUUGCAUACCAGCAGUCACAUCCUUGGCAAUGUCUACCUUGACUAUUUCCAGUAUGUUAAAGCAAAAGAGAUGACUGGUUAAAGAAGCUUGUGUUUGAGUAUGCAUUGCCUUAUGUUCAACAGAUGGGAUUUAGGCAAGUCUUAAAUAGCUGCACUUGACUGAAUUGAAACAAUAGAUCCCUGCUUAGCUUCUAGAAUUUCUUUAAAUUACUACUUUUGUAUUUCACCAGCUGCCUCACUACAUUAGUGUUCCUGUAAAAUGUCAAAGCCCUUCCAGCUGGAGUCAGUAUGUACAUAAUGUUCCUUCUGAACCAUGCUUGAAGCCUGAUGGGCUGAGAACUAAAAAUAAACUUCUUUUUUCUUCAGUAAAUUUCCAGUAAUAGUAACCUCUCUGUGACUUACACAUUAUUUCUAACAGCUUUUAUCUGAAACUAACCCAGAUGUAAACAAUGGUCUCAUUACUAAGGUGGUGUUUCAUUCCAGACAAAAUUAAGCUUUGGCUGGCUUUGAUACUGCUCCAUUUGUAAAUCCUUAGUGACCGAAAUCUUCAGUCUUCUCUCUACACCAGUGUCUCUCUAGGUGUUUUAAUGACUGGUUUCAUGGAU